UGGUUGCGAGGCCUCCGGGCGCUGCCCGCCCUUUUCUCCGCGGCCGCGUAAUGGCUGCUCCCGAGACCCGGGGGGCUGCUGCCCGAGGGGAGGAGGACUGUGAGGGCGACCGUGGCGAAGCCGGGGGUGUCAGUUAUGAGGACAGUAAGGAUUGUAUCCUGGAGCCGCUUUCCCUGCCAGAAAGUCCAGGUGGCACCACCGCUUUAGAAGGUUCUCCAUCUGUGCCUUGUAUUUUCUGUGAAGAACAUUUUCCUAUGGAUGAACAAGACAAACUUCUGAAGCACAUGAUUAUUGAACAUAAGAUGGUCAUAGCUGAUGUCAAGUUGGUUGCUGAUUUCCAAAGGUACAUUUUAUAUUGGAGGAAAAGGUUCACUGAACAGCCCAUUACAGACUUUUGUAGUGUGAUAAGAAUCAAUUCCACAGCUCCCCUUGAAGAACAAGACAAUUACUUUUUGUUAUGUGAUGUUUUACCAGAAGAUAGACUACUUAGAGAAGAACUUCAGAAACAGAGACUGAAAGAAAUUCUGGAACAACAGCAGCAAGAAAGAAAUGAUAACAGUUUUCAUGGUAUUUGUAUGUUUUGCAAUGAAGAAUUUUUCGGGAACAGAUCUGUUCUUUUAAACCACAUGGCCAGAGAACAUGCUUUCAACAUUGGAUUGCCAGACAACAUUGUAAACUGCAAUGAAUUUCUAUGCACAUUACAGAAAAAGCUGGACAACUUGCAGUGCUUAUACUGUGAGAAGACCUUCCGGGACAAAAAUACACUUAAAGACCAUAUGAGGAAAAAACAGCAUCGGAGAAUUAAUCCUAAGAACAGAGAAUAUGACCGAUUUUAUGUCAUCAAUUAUUUGGAACUUGGAAAAUCGUGGGAGGAAGUUCAAUUGGAAGAUGAUCGGGAGUUGCUAGACCAUCAGGAAGAUGAUUGGUCUGAUUGGGAAGAACACCCUGACUCUGCUGUCUGCCUAUUUUGUGAAAAGCAAGCAGAAACAAUUGAGAAAUUAUGUGUCCACAUGGAGGAUGCUCACGAGUUUGAUCUCCUCAAAAUAAAGUCAGAACUUGGAUUAAAUUUCUACCAGCAAGUGAAACUGGUCAAUUUCAUUCGGAGACAAAUUCACCAAUGUAGAUGUUAUGGCUGCCAUGUGAAAUUCAAAUCCAAAGCAGAGUUAAGGACUCAUAUGGAAGAAGCUAAACAUACAUCACUGCUUCCUGAAAGAAAGACCUGGGAUCAACCAGAGUAUUAUUUUCCAACCUAUGAAAACGACACUCUACUGUGUACACUGUCUGAUAGUGAAAGUGACCUGACGGCUCAGGAACAAAAUGGAAAUAUUACCAUCAUCAGUGAAGAUACAUCUAAACUGCAUGCUUUGAAACAAAGCAGUAUUUUGAACCAGUUGCUACUACAUGAGGGCUUGAAAAACUAGAAGAAAAUACCACAGAAGCAACUUUUCAUGUUUUUCUCUUAUGAGACAAACUCAGAAAAAUAGUUUAAAUUUGAACAUCAGCAAAGGGUUAGUCCUUGGUGAAACAAAUUUUUUUAAAAAUACUUUUCAAAAAAUAACCUGAGGACUUUUUGUAUUUUUGGCUGUAAAACUCUACUAUAUGAUCAUUAUAAGUGAUCUCAUUUCAUUAUACUUGAUUGAUUAUCUGUAAUAAGAAGGACCUGCAGGGUACCUGGCUGGCUCAAGUGGUUGAGCAUGUGACUCUCAAUCUCCAGGUAUGAGCUUGAGCCCCAUGUUGGAUGACGAGAUUAUCCCCCCCAAAAAAAGUUUUUAAAUAAGGAAGACAUACAAAUCACAAAGAAAUGAAAUGUUCAAAUUAUUUAUAAAGUUAAUUUCAGCCAGUAAUUUCAAUUUCCUCUCCCACACUCUUUCUUCAUCCAGCAAGUCACAAAAUUUGACUAUUUGUGUAAACUGUAGAAGUAGUGACCAAAAGAAAGGAAAAAUGGUCAAAGACCUGGAGAAUGUACAAAUUGGAAACUAUUUCAGAAAAGUCAAGAUCUGACUCUAUUAUUAUUACUGCUUUCUGCCUAAUGUAACCAAACUCCCUAUAACUGGACAUCAAGCCUCUUGUCUUCUGCAAUGCAUAUAUCACUAACAGAUCAAUGCCAUUUUUAAAAAACAAACACAUACCAUUAUGACAUCUAACAAAAUUAACAAUAACUUCUUAAUAUCUUAUGUUUUCAGUUUUCCCUAGUUGUCUCAAAAAUGUCCUUUUGAGUAAUAUCGGUUAUAGGAAAAAUAUUGUAUGUUUCCUGAUUAGAUGCACUGAGGAAGAGAAAGCAUCAUGCUUGAGGAAUUCUUCAAAAAAUGCAUAAUGUAAAUAUAACAAAGAGAUAGUAGUCAAACCCAAGUUGAGGGACAGUCUACAAAAUAAUCAGCCUUUAUUCUUUAAAAGUCCAGGUCAUGAAAAACAAAGACUGAAAUACUAUUCCAGAUUAAAGAAAACUUUAGAGAUACGACUACAUGUUAUACUGGAUUGGAUUCUGGACCAAGAAAAAAAAAGUUUUUUUCCUGUAAAAGAUCUAGUGGGACAAAUGGUACACUUUAAAUAAGGUCUGUAGCUAAUGUUAAUUGGUAUUAAUUUCCAUAUUUUGAUAAUUGUACUGUGGUUAUAUAUGAGAAUGUCCUUGUCUUUAGUUAAUACACAGUGAAAAUUCGGGGUAAAGAGCAUUUUGGCUGCAACUUACUCUCAAAAAAACAAUGUGAAUAUGUAGAGAGAAAAUGCUAAAGUGAAUGUAGUAUAUUGUUAACAUUUGGUUAGGUGAAGGUUAUAUAGCAAUUCUUGGUACUACGGCAACUUUUCUGUAAGUCUUAAAUGCUUUUAUGGUUGGUUUGUUUAAAUCAGGUCCCAGGUGAGAUCCAUAUAUUGCAUUUGGUUGGCAUGGUUCUUAAGGGUCUUUUAAUCUAUACAGUUCCUGUUCCAUUCCUUUUGAAAUGGCACUUUUUUGUUAAAGAAACUGAGCCAUUUCUCUCCCUUUCUGAAUUUGGAUGAUCAUAUGUUCUUUGUAUCAUGUAACGUGUUCCUCUAUCACCCAUUUUCCCUGCAUACUGGUAGAUUUAAGAAAUUCCAGUAAAUUUGUGUUCAAACAAUUUUUUUUGCAAGAAUAAUCUAUAAGUACUGUUGUUGUUGCAUCAUAUCAGGCAUAUAAUACCCCAUGUGCCAGUUUUAGAGAUUUUAGAGCUAAUAGUCCAUUCAGGUAUCAGUCCAUGCACCAUUAUAAAGUUCUCCAUCAGUCUUUUAUCUAACUAGUUUAGUGUUCAUUGUAAUUGUUAUCUAUUAUUUUUUCUAGUGUCUUCAAAAUGAUGAUAUUUUCAUUCUCUCAUUUCUUUUACAGUCAGUCUUUACACAGCAUGUGUACUGUAGAGAACUGUAGUUUGAAGUUCUAGUUUUCAACUGUUGAUACCAGCCUAUGUAGGCAGUACCCAAAGACUAAUCUUGAAGUCAUAUGGCCUGUCAAGAGUCCCAAGAGUAAUCUCCCACCAUGUGAUCCAGAAUUUACUGGAUUUGUGAAUUUAAUAGGCUCUGACCAUGGCUUUAGAUUUCUAAGCCUCCAGGUUUGCAGAUAUCCACACCAGUUUUUUAUUAAAAAAACAAGCAGUGAAGGAGCACCUGGGUAGUUCAGUCAGUUGAACAUCCACCUCUUGGUUUUGGCUCAGGUCAGGAUCUCAGAUUCGUGAGAUUGAGCCCCACUGCAGGCUCUGUUCUCAGCAGGGAGUCUGCUUGGGACUCUCUCCCUCUGCCCCUUUCCCACUCUAAAAAAAAUAAAUCUUAAAAAAGAGAGAUAGAAAAAAGCAAAGACAUAGAAGCCUUACUAUAAUGGAAAAUGCCUAAGUUAAAGAUACAAUUGCAUUAAAUUAUUCUAAAAGAUUAAGAAGAUAGUUAGUCCUAAACCUAGAACCUUGUGUGUCUAGGAAUCAGAUUUGUUCAGGAAAUCAGGGAAUGUUUAGAAUGUUUCUAGAAUGUACUUCAGUUUUAGAACAGGAACAAUGAAGGAAUGAGAACAAAAUUAAGAAUAAUUAAGCUUGUGAAGGAGAAAGAUUUUUUUGGAGAUAAAGUUGAGAUCUUAGAGAACAGAUCAGAUGGAUAUAAGAGGAAAAAUGAAAUUGAAGGACAGAUAAAAGGGAAAAGAUGAUGUACUUAGGUUUAAUUCAUGUAAGAGGUUAUUUUUAAAUUGAGUAGAUGUUUUGGAGGUUUGGGUUUUUUUUGUUUUUUUUUUUGUUGUUGUUGUUGUUGUUUUUUAGCUCAGAAAUAAUAACUUGGUCCCAAAAAAAUCAAACAAGAAUAGAAGCAAAAUUUCAGCCAACUGUGCUGACUCUCAGAGGGAGCAAGAAUAUAGACCACUACUGGAAAGUACUCUCUUAGAGCUACACAGAGAAUAGAGACUACUUGCCAAAAACUAUUGGGAAGUCCUCAUUAAAGGCUGGGACACUGAUGCCAAGUGUACCCCAAAAGGCUGGACAGUUUGAAAGGGGAGGAUCAGUCAGAUGAAAGUACUCUACUCAAGGGAUUAUUAAAUGGUGGAGGUGCCAUCUCAUCUCUGGUGAUAAGGUUGUUUGUUCCCUUCCUGAUAUGGAAAGUAGGGGAUGUUGAAAGAGGGGGGAGAUACCUUCAUAAGGAAAUUUAGGAUCUUGUUUUCAGGUAGAUAGGAUACCACAGAGAGGUCAUCCUAUGCCUACUUUUUCUCAGUUGCCUUCGGCUCAAAAUAAUCCUUAUGCCAGAGUGGCAAAGAUUGGGGUGACAUAUUCUGAUCUCCUACAGUCCCAUAUGUCACCCUGAGAGAAAUAACAGUUGAUUCUUCCCACAGAAAUGGUUAAAGCAUGUUGCCAGUGCUAACCUCUUGGAGGACACUCCUCCCAAUCAAGUUUAAGUUUACAGGUCAGGGACUUGAGCAUCCUGGUGAAGCUGAAAUCAGGAUACCACUGAGUCUCUGUUAUGGAAGGUGCAGUGUUCUGGGAGCAUCAUUUUAUCUUGGUAAUUACUUGAAGAUCUUGGUAUUGAUUUGUUUUCUUCUGUUUAAGUAUGUUGGUGUUAAGAAUUUUGAUGAUACUCUUUUAAAACUGAGGUAUACCAGGGGCACCUGGGUGUGGUGCAUUCGGUUAAACGUCCAACUCAUAGUUUCCACUCAAGUUGUGAUCUCGGGGUUGUGAGAUCAAACCCCAAGUCAGGCUUCACGCUUAGCACAGAGACUGCUUGAGAUUCUCUCUCUCCCUUACUCCUCUGCCCCUCCCUCAGUUUUCACUCUCUCUAAAAUAAAUCUUUUCAAAAAAUCCUUUAAAAAGUGAGGUAUGCCAGAAAUUUGGUGUAUAAUUUAACUUUUGAGAUUCUGAUAAAAGCCACACCAGUGGUUCUCGUGAGACCCUGUCCAGGUUGCUGAAAGAACCACAGUGCUAUCCAAGGCGUGAAGAACCCAUCUAAUUCAGAACAAGCACAAUCAGAAGGAUGAGUUUAACCCAAGCAUAUAAGAGAAUCUAAUCUUUUAACUUUUUCUCCCUGGGAAAUUCACAAUGGUAGAGGGGUCAUAUUUAAAUCGGGGGACAUCAAUAUUUGACUUUUUUUCUAUGGAAGUAUCUUUAUAUCGUCAUAAUCUCUUUUCAGAGCUUCUCUGAUAGACUGACCAAACAACAUAGUUAAACAUAAUUAGGACUGCAGAGUGAAAUGAGAAACUUUCAGCUGGGAUUCAGCAUGGCCCUGGAAUUAUUUCAUUCACUGAAUUACCUUGUGAGGGCAAUAGCUAUUCUCUUUCAACCAUUCGGAUGGGAAGAGUAGGGGGAUAUGCUCAUGGUGGGAGCAGCACUGUCAGGAUAGAUUGCUGAUCUUCUACCAAGGAGAAGAUCACACUCUUGGUUGGCCUUGAGCUUAAUGGUUAAGCCCAAUGAGCUAUGAGAACAAAAACCCUGGGAGUAUUGGAAAGGGGAAACCCCUUUCCCUAGCAUCAUGUUUCCAUAAUAAAAGGAAUUCUUAACAAUAA